AUGUCCAAUACCACACGUGAGGGACUCCAGGCUGCGGUUGCCCAGGCGCACGGCGCAUACGUCGAUGGUCGCUGUGACAACCUUGCCUGGAAGCACAAGACGCUGUAUGCCAUCUUUGACAUGCUCCAAACCGAGGGAACCAAGGCAGCGCACGCCGAUGCAUCCCUCCGUCUCGAGCUGGCCGAGGUUCUGCGAUACAUCUCCGCCACGCUGUUGCGUCUCUCGACCGACCUCCCAGGCGAGUUUGCAAAGGAGCAGACUCUCAAGGACACACGAGGUGGCAAGGGAAGGAAGCGCGCGGCCGGAGUUGUCGCUAUCGUCGGUGAUGUUGCUCACCCAUUGGCCAGCUGGGCUGUGCCCCUCACUGAGGCCAUUAUCGACGGUAACCCUGCUGUCAUCAUUGCUGCUCCUGGCUCCAUCAUCGUUCCUGCAAAGUUCACCUCCCGUAUCGACCAGGAAGCCUACGCUCUUCUGUGGACCGCGUCUCCCGCCAAGCUCUUGGGCGACGGCGAGCUUCCUCAACUCACCGCCCUUGUGGGACCCGCUGACCGCCUGCCCGCAUCUCUGACCGUGUCCACCUCUUCCGGUCCCGUCUCGGUCCACCCAGUGGCCACUGCCCCCGUCCCCGUCAUUGUGGACCAGAGUGCCCUUCCCGGCGCCAAGCCCCUCACCCCCAAGCAGCAGGAAGCCGGUUACGUCCCCAGCUCUAUUACUGCCGUCGCCCAGAACAUUGCUGCUGUCGUGACUGUGCGCAGCGCGUCGCUCGGCACUCCCACUUAUGUGCUCGCCCACGAAAACCUCGUUGCGCCGCUCCUGUCUGCUCUCUCGGCUGCUCUCCCGUCGCACAUCAAGCCCGAGCUUACCGAGCUGUUCGAGAACAAGCCCUCGACCCGCGCUUUCCUUGCUGGCCAGCGCGCCGGCUUCCCUUCCUUCCUCCCCGUCUACACUGUGCGCUCUAUCGACCAGGCCCUCGACUUUGUCACCGACGACGUCGCCGCCCCCGCUGCCGCCUACGUGUUUGCUGCCCACUCCUUUGGCUCUUACGCCUUCAACUUCCUCAAGAACGUCCAGAACGUCUACCUCAACUCGAUCCCUGCCGAGGCGCUUGCUCUCGGCCCUUACGUCAACGGCAAGGACGAGUUCAGCUUUACGCUGCAGGCGAACGUCGAGAUCAGCCGCCUUCGCGGUGACGUCCAGCCCCCGCAGAGUGCGGCGUCCCUCGACGAGCUGGCCAAGAUCAAGGCCCGCAAGCUGUACCAGCACCCUGGUCAGCGCAUCGACUUCUUUGGCGGAAGUGUCUUGUCUGCUGCACUGCCAGUCCUCCUCUUGAUUGUCGGCGGUGUGGGUUACGGUCUGGUCAAGGGAGGUCUUGCGCUCAAGGCCAGUGGAUGGCUGCACCUGUAG